GGCCUCUGGAAGGCGGCCCCCGAGCGAGCCUCCUCUGUCGCGGGGCGCCGGGCUGGCGGGAAGGGGCGGAUUCCUGCGCUCCGGGCGCUGCUCUCUCCGAGCACCCCACUUUCCUCCUGCGAGCGCCUGAAGGAGAGCGUCUCCCCCGACUCCCUCUGCAGGAGCAGCCUCUGCCCGACUCCCUCUGCAGGAGCUGCCAAGGGCCGGGAGGAAGACUCUGGACAUGACUCGUCCCUGUGCACAGGCCGGGGCAGGGAGGCCUGGGCGGGCGGUUUCUGGGUCACAGACUUUGCAUUGAGAGCAGGGAGGCUGGACAACGUCCGCGGGGGCUCAGAUCCCGCGCUGGGGGCUGGUCGGCCGAGCCGCUGGGACAGGCCCUGGGUGGCCAGUGCACUCUCGGACUCCCCGGCGCAGGCCUGGCUCUGGGACGGACCCUCUGCUUCUCUGUGUCUGCCACCGCCCAGCCAUGGCUCUGAAAGGCCGAGCUCUCUAUGACUUCCGCAGCGAGAACAAGGAGGAGAUCAGCAUCCAGCAGGACGAGGACCUGGUCGUCUUCAGCGAGACCUCCCUGGACGGCUGGCUGCAAGGCCAGAACAGCCGAGGUGAGACGGGGCUCUUCCCGGCCUCCUACGUGGAGAUCAUCCGCCCUGGCACCAGCUCCAGCUAUGCUGACUGCUGCGGCAGCCCGGCAGGCUCCCCGGGCCCCCAGGUGAACUUGUACGAUAGCCCCACCGUGACCAGCCACUGCAGGGGCGCCGGGGGCAGCGGCUUUCUCUCCAAUCAGGGCAGCUUCGAGGAGGACGACGACGAUGACUGGGAUGACUGGGACGAUGGGUGCACGGUGGCGGAAGAGCCACGGGCUGGUGGGUUGGGCACCAACGGGCACCCCCCCCUCAACCUCUCCUACCCGGGUGCCUAUCCCAGCCAGCACAUGGCCUUCCGGCCCAAGCCCCCCCUGGAGCGGCAGGACAGCCUGGCGUCCGCCAAGCGAGGCAGCGUGGUGGGGCGCAACCUCAACCGUUUCUCCUGCUUUGUGCGCUCCGGAGUGGAGGCCUUCAUCCUCGGCGAUGUGCCCAUGAUGGCCAAGAUCGCCGAGACAUAUUCUAUUGAAAUGGGUCCUCGUGGCCCCCAGUGGAAAGCCAACCCUCACCCAUUUGCCUGCUCGGUGGAGGACCCUACCAAACAGACCAAGUUCAAGGGCAUCAAAAGCUACAUCUCCUACAAGCUCACGCCCACCCACGCGGGCUCGCCUGUCUACCGGCGCUACAAGCACUUUGACUGGCUCUAUAACCGCCUGCUGCACAAGUUCACGGUCAUCUCGGUGCCGCACCUGCCAGAGAAGCAGGCCACGGGCCGGUUCGAGGAAGACUUCAUUGAGAAGCGCAAGCGGCGGCUCAUCCUCUGGAUGGAUCACAUGACCAGCCACCCCGUGCUGUCCCAGUACGAGGGCUUCCAGCACUUCCUCAGUUGCCUGGACGACAAGCAGUGGAAGAUGGGCAAGCGCCGGGCAGAGAAGGACGAGAUGGUGGGCGCCAGCUUCCUGCUCACCUUCCAGAUCCCCACGGAGCACCAGGACCUGCAGGACGUGGAAGAUCGCGUGGACACCUUCAAGGCCUUCAGCAAGAAAAUGGAUGACAGCGUCCUGCAGCUCAGCACGGUGGCGUCGGAGCUGGUGCGCAAGCACGUGGGGGGCUUCCGCAAGGAGUUCCAGAAGCUGGGCAAUGCCUUCCAGGCCAUCAGCCAUUCCUUCCAGAUGGACCCCCCUUUUAGCUCCGAGGCCCUCAACAGUGCCAUUUCUCACACGGGCCGUACCUAUGAAGCCGUCGGUGAGAUGUUUGCCGAGCAGCCCAAGAACGACCUCUUCCAGAUGCUCGACACACUGUCUCUCUACCAGGGCCUGCUCUCCAACUUCCCUGACAUCAUCCACCUGCAGAAAGGCGCCUUCGCCAAGGUGAAGGAGAGCCAGCGCAUGAGCGACGAGGGCCGGAUGGUGCAGGACGAGGCAGAUGGUAUUCGUCGGCGCUGCCGCGUCGUGGGCUUCGCCCUGCAGGCCGAGAUGAACCACUUCCACCAGCGCCGCGAGCUCGAUUUCAAGCACAUGAUGCAGAACUACCUGCGCCAGCAGAUCCUCUUCUACCAGCGGGUGGGCCAGCAGCUGGAGAAGACACUGCGCAUGUAUGACAACCUCUGACCACACGCGCCAGGCCCUUCCCCACCCUGGGCUGGUGGCUGCAGUGCCGCCGCCCCACACCAGCAGUGACUGGGGGGUAGGCGUGGGCGAGGGAAGCCGCCUGUCCCUCCUCCUGGGAGAAGAGCUGUGCAGGAGUUAUGGGUACCCCUGGGGAAGUCCCCUACCCCCCUAGAGGUGGGGGGACAGCAGGGGUGAGAACGGGGCCGGGAACCCUGCAGGCCUGGGCAUGGGCUUCCUGUCGGUUGCUUGAAGCCUGGCCAGGCUCUUAGCCUGUCCUAAGCCCACAGUCUGGCUCACCUGGCCACCGCCCCCUCAUUCACUCAGCAGACACAGGGGCCUGCUGGGGCACCUGACGCUGCCACACGCCUGCCCUUAUGGCGUCCCUAGGCUAAGUAGGGUCAGACGCAGAAACAGACAAAGGCAAUGCAGAGUGAUGAUGCUAACCACGGGGUUCCUAGAAGUUGACAGAAGGGACUGUUCUGUCAGCCUGUCAGGGAAGUGACAUGACAGGUGUCUUGAAGGAUGAGGACAGUAGAAGAGAGGAGAGUGCCUGCAGGAGUGUGGAGGCAUGCGAACACCCCCUUUUCUCUCCCUUUCCCAAGCAGGUUUGGUGUCCCCUCCAUGGGAUUCUGGCCUGCUGGACAGGAGGAGGGGGCUGCCUUGCUCCCAGGUCCCUGCCCCACCCUGCUCCCUGCAGGAGGGGCUGUGGGUCACUUCCCUCUGACUCCCUUCUGCAGCUGGCUGAGCCAACGAGGGUACUAUGCAGCUUUUCUUGGGGGCGCUAGGUGCUGAGACAAGCCAUGCCCUGGGAUCUUCCUGGAGGGAAGCCCCUCUACACCCCUCCCCCCUCACCUCCAUCCCCCUAGUUACCAGAUAUCUGAGUUCACUAGAAAUAGCUCCCUGCACUCCAGGCAGGCUCUGACUCCAGACUCCCAGGGAACCUGGGAUCCUGCCUGUUGCCUAGUGGGAACCCCCAAGUAAGAAAGACAGGGAUCCUGGCCCCACCUGACCACAGCCGCCUCACUGUGAUGCAAGCACCGCUCCUGUCCAGUGGCGCUGCCUCCCACCCAUGUUUACACCCCAGGCCAGGAUGCGGUCCCGCAGCAGGUUGGGGGGAUUGACAGGUGCCACUGCUGGCUCCCCAGGAGGGUCAUGGCUGCUCCUGGCUGCUCCUGGCUGCUGCUUCUUGAAUCUUUUUUCUUUCUUGUUUUCUUAAUAAACCUUUUACAGUUAAGGCAACAAAGCAUGGCUUUUUUUGUUUGGGUCCUGUAGGGUGAGGGUGGGGGAGAGCAGGUCCCUAAUCAUCCCGGAGCUAUUGGACCCUAUCCUGAGGUCAUGGUGGGCACAAAAUUGACCCCAGAACCUGCUGGGAGGGAGGUGCUGGUAGGAGGUCCUAACUGGAGAGGCUGUGGCCAUGAACCCCAAACCCUUUGCAGGUCUCAUGCUUCAUCUCUCAAAUGGGUGGUGUCUGGGGUGUGUUGG